AAAUCUGACCCUCAUGUUGUCGCUUCCAUUUCUUUACUCAAAAGGAAUGGUCUAGAUUUUGCGAGACUUGGGCAAUUUGGGAUUUCUGUUGCGGAGUUUGUGUUCGGGUUUCUGCGUGUCCUUAGAAUCCACAGAGGGUUGCAUGAUUUGACAUGGGUCUGCUUUCAUGGUCUUUAUGACCUGGCCUAUUUGCUCAAGCUCUUGACCCAAAAGCCUCUGCCCAAUUCAGUGGUGAUGUUUGCUAAGGCUCUUGGUGUAGUUUUUGGCAUCAUUUAUGACAUCAAGUUUAUGGCUCGCUAUUGCAAAGGAUUCUUUGGCGGUGAAAUUGGAUUGGCAAGGGUGGCCAAGCUUCUUGAUGUGGAGCGCUCUGGUGAAGCUCAUCAAGCUGGUUCGGAUAGUUUGUUGACUGCUGCUGUGUUCUCCAAGAUGAACGCAACAUUUAGGUCUGUGGCAGGGAUGUCUCAAGGCUGCUUGUAUGGAAUUAGCCCAACAAUCGUGCGAUAUUGGCAGCCCGCUCCUGUGAUCCUCCGUCGCCCUUGCUUUCCUGUUGCAGCACCUCAUGUCUAUGGUGCUCGUCUCAUUCAUAGUCCUAUCCUUCCCACUUAUGUACACAUGUAGUUAGUUUUGUAAAUUCUGAUUUUUUGGAGUUGGUGAACAGUCAAGUGACUAGCUGGCUGCUCCGUAUUCAUUUUGUAUGUACCACAUUUUUUACACCAAAAGAUUAUAAUACAAUUCUUUAAUU